AUGGCUUUAUCCGACACCUCACCCGCGGUCGUCUAUUACGACAUCGCAUUCAGCCAGCCAUACGAAAAAUCAACUUCAGCCCCCAACCCAUGGAAGGCGCGCUACGCCCUAAACAUGAAGGGAAUAUCCUACAAGACAACCUGGGUCCCAAUGCUAGAAAUCUCAAAUAUCCGCCAAAAAGUCGGCGCACCGGCAUGUCGCAAGUUCGCCGAUGGAACCGACUACUACACUCUCCCCAUGCUUACCGACUCAACUACCAAUGCCGUAGUCGGUGACUCCUUUGAUAUCGCUCUCUACCUGCAAAAGCAGUAUCCCAAUUCUGGAGCUUGUGCGGAUCUAUUCGCAGCCCAAAAACUUGAUUUCAAAUACGCACUUCAAACGCCGUUGAUGGUGCCCCUCUCGGAGCGCGAUGAGGGUGAAUUCGGCGAAUAUGUGCGAUUUAAUACCAACAUUGAUGCUGCAUUUACGGCGCAUGUGCUUCUAAUGGCGGGCGGAAUGCCAUUCGAGCAGUCACAGAUGGAGGGGAUUCAAGCGGAGUUUGCGAGACGGUCUGGGGGUGCGUCCUCGAAGAACUUUUCUUUCGGAGAGGAGGAUAGGGUGAAGAUGAUGGUUUCGUUUCGGGAGGCAGUUGCUGAUUUGGCCACACUGUUGAAUCAGGACCAGAGUGGGCCGUUUAUCCUUGGGCACCGAUCCAGUUAUGCGGAUUGCAUCGUUGGGGGGUGGUUGCGGAUGAUGAAAGUGACUUUGCCUUCUGCUGAGUGGGAAGAGGUUAUGGGGUGGUAUGAUGGGGUGUUUGAGAGAUUGUAUCUGGGUCUAGAGCAAUUUGCGGAGGUGAAAUGA